ACACUUUACGGUUCUAAUGAGCUUAUUUGAAAAGAGAUGAAAUGCUUCUUUUGAAUUGCAAGACGUUGUAGGUUGAAUCCGGUAACUCCAUUCAGCUUGACAAGUGGAUUACGCUGGCCAAAAUCUCCGAAAACGCAUAACUAAUGUUUGAUAUAAACACGGGAGAAAAUGAAAUGAGAUGAUAUUGAAUUAAUUUUAUUCCGUGUCAUGAGCUGAGGAUUGAUCCUUCUACAGCCGGACCUUUCGCCCCACAGGAAAUCAUUAAUUGGACAAUCAUGACAUCAACCGCAGAAGACAACCAGAUCCUGACAGACGAGAAAUUUUAUUCAAGGACAAUAAUACUGAAUAGGCCUCGGCAACUAAAUGCACUGUCUAAUUUUAUGAAUUGUCGAUUGAAAGAGCUAUUUUUGAAGUGGGAGAAUGACAACAAUGUUAAUGUAUUGAUAAUCAAGGGUAUAGGAAGGGCCUUUUGUUCUGGUGGAGAUGUUGCAAAUGUUUGUCUUGCAGGAAAUUCAGGUGAUUACAGUCAUGGUACACAGUAUUUCUGGAAUGAAUAUAUCAUGAACUAUAUUCUUGCAACUUGCAGAAAACCUCAAGUUGCUUUGCUGAAUGGGAUUGUCAUGGGAGGAGGUUCUGGUAUUUCCAUUCAUGGGAAGUUUCGAGUUGCAACAGAGAAGACUCUUUAUGCCAUGCCAGAAACAGGACUAGGUCUACACCCUGAUGUUGGUGCAUCAUAUUUCUUAUCAAGACUUCCAGGAUUCUUGGGUGAAUAUGUGGGUCUGACCGGCGUGAGAUUGGAUGGAGCAGAAUUAGUCACUUGCGGUCUUGCAACUCAUUUUGUGCAUUCUACGAGGUUGCAAUUGUUGGAAGAAACUUUAGCUAAAGUGGAGAAAGCAGAUCCAAAUCUUGUUAGUUCUGUGAUUGAUGGAUUUUCAGAUAAAAUAUGUGUCAAAGAUGGUAGUGCAUUUCAAAGGUUGGAUAUAAUUGACAAGUGCUUCGCGAAAGAAACCGUUGAAGAUAUUCUGUCUACUCUUGAGCUUGAAAGUAAAUAUGUGGCUGAUAAGUGGCUGAAGAUGAGCAUUCAGUCAAUAAAGAAGGCAUCACCAGUCAGCCUUAAAAUUACAUUAAGAUCGGUAAGAGAAGGCAGGAAGCAACAUCUACACGAGUGUCUAAUUAGAGAGUAUAGACUGAGUUGUCAUUGCCUUCUUCGGGAAAUUUCCAAUGAUUUCUAUGAGGGGUGCAGAGCAAUAUUGGUGGACAAAGACAGAAAUCCAAAGUGGAAUCCUGACAAAUUAGAGCAUGUGACUCAAGACAUGAUUGAUCAUUAUUUCUCCCCAGUAGAAGGCUUUGAAGAUUUACGACUACCCAUUGAUCAACGAGCUUCCUCUACAAAUUACAUUCCCUCAAAACUUUGAAGAAAGUACAUAAGUAAAAUAUGUUUAUAAAGAAAAGAUGGCAAUUUCAUUCAGCUACACGUUAUAGACAUGAUGGGAGACGCUAAUCCCUCCCCAUGGUGUAUCUAGUAUUAAGUUAUAUGAUGUACCAUUGAUUGGCUUCUGGUCAUUUGUGGGCAUCAAAAGUGUCCUCUCAUAUUUGAAAAGAAUCUCUCUAAAUAAUGUUAUGGUCAGUUAGUCAAAAAAAUUAUAAUAAGACAACAACAUGCCUAUAUUUUUCGAAAGAAAGAUCAUAAAGAAAAUAGAUAAUAAAGAAACCACUGUUUAUCAAA